ACGCGUCCUUAUGGGCACAGAUUUUGUGACAUUUGUGAUCAUUCAAAGCGACAUUUGUGAUCAGCCGCCGCUACGUCGUGUCGUGUCGUCGUCUUUGUGUUCAGCACUUAAAUGAAAAUACAUUACUUACUCCCUUUAAACUCUUUCUCUUACUCUAACUCUCUUUAAAAUUUCAUUACUCUCUACUUAUAACGCUAUUCAACCGAACAGCAAUCGUAAAAGCACACAAAAAUUAUCACAACCGCAUUGAAUUUGGAGAAAUUUAUACCGCUUUUGACUAUGAGAUGCAUGAGAUGUUAUAUCGAAAUCAUAAGGAGAGAGGGAUCAGAUCAUCAUUGAUCUAUCAUUCGAACUGUCUGCUUGUCUGAUUGAGCCUAAACUAGUACCUGGGAGAUAGAUUUUACGGAUAGCUGAAACGAAGGAUCAUAACUUACUCAUAUUGAUCGUGUUUUUCAAUUUAUAAGCUCUUUAAUGAGCUUCGUGACUUCUUCUGAUAAAAAAGCUCGCACGUUUCUUGCAGAUUUGUAAAUUUACUACGUGAUCGAAUUCGGUGUAUCGAACACGCGUUGAGCUAAGGAAAUAUGAAGUAUACGACUAAUCAACGAUUAUUACUCACUUUUUUUUUAAGUCAUAAAUGAAAAUAUCGAAAUAAGCGUACACUGUGGUAUGGUACUGGUGAGGCCGGCAAGUCCACUUUCUUCAAACAAAUGCACAUCAAUUAUGGCAGAGGUUUUACGGCUGAAGAUCGAAAGCAAUACAAAAGAGUCAUACAUCAGAAUAUUGUGACAGCCAUGCAGUCGAUGCUGAGCGCUAUGAAUGCGUUGAGGAUACCAUACGAUAAAAUAGAGAAUGCGCUUAUGGCAAAUAGCAUUUUGAUCACAAAUGUCGAAACCGUAACAAAUUUGGACGAGACGACUUUUUCAGCGAUAAAGUGUCUCUGGGCCGACAAAGGGGUACAAAUAUGCUAUGAACGCCGAAGAGAAUAUCAGAUCAUCGAUUCCGCCAAAUAUUUCCUGGACUUAUUGGAUUGUGUCACACAGCCCGAUUACGAACCCAGCGAUGAUCACAUAUUACGUUCACGUGUUGUUACAACCGGAAUAGUGGAGCACAUAUUCGAUACGCAACAAUACAAACCGAAACGUAAUAGUACCAAACGGACGUUACUUCGCGUAAUAGAUGUUGGUGGCCAACGCUCGGAGCGACGAAAAUGGUUACAAUAUUUUGAUGAUGUGACAGCUGUCAUCUUUCUAACAUCGCUCUCAGAAUACGAUCAGACAUUGUGCGAGGCCAGAGAUUUAAAUCGCAUGGAGGAGUCCAAGACGCUGUUUCGUUUCAUCUUAUCCACAAAUUAUUUCCGAGAUUCUGCGAUUAUUUUAUUUUUAAAUAAACAAGAUAUACUCGAAGAGAAAAUAAUGACAUCAGACUUAGGAGACUACUAUCCGGAGUAUCAAGGUCCCAAACAAAACGCUGAAGCGGCAAAAUCCUUUAUACGCGAAAUGUUCGAGGCAUUUGUGGAUAAAGACCGUUCAGUUUACACACAUUUUACAUGUGCCACAGACACGAAAAACUUCCGCAUAGUAUUUCUGGCGGUACAGGAUACAAUAAUGAGCCGUUACCUCGAUUCAGUAGGCAUCUAUUAAGCUCUGCUCAGCUGCAAUGUAACCGAAUAUUUAUUUAUUUUAUAAGAAAUAUUAUAUCUGUAAUUAUUGUGUUCGCUUAAUUAUUACAUACAUAUGUAUGUUGUUUAAUGUGUAUAAAGUAAAGAACUAAGAUAAAGAUAAUUAAAAGAAAAUUAUCUAUGUACACCUAAUAUAUUAUAAACAUAAUAUGAAUUACUUGAAAAUGUGAACGUUUCAUUGCAAGUGUGGUGAAUAUGUGUGUGAGUGAGUUUUUGCCGAUUAAGAUUAAAAGAGAAUUAAGAUGAGGGAUGUCGUGAUAAACGUUUAUGGGUCAUCGUUUUAAACUACUAGAAAAUAUUUGGACAUGAA